UCGCUCGUCUUGUGCGGGUCCUUGCGAAGUGGCGAAGUGCGCGCGCGUUUGAAUCCUUCCCAAAAGAUAUUUGGGAAAAGCAACUUCCUAACUUGAGUGGUGGAAUUCCUGUGAAAAUUAAGUGGUGCAUUUUUGAAUGAAAAAAAAAAUACGGAAAUCUAAAAGAGGUGCUUUUGCUUUAACAAAAAAAACAUCGAUAAAAGAUAAUUGAGCGAGAUGAGAAGCGUUGCUUGUUAGUGGAUCGAGUUUAAAUGCGAAAAUUGCGUUGAGGGAACAAAGUUUUAGUGAGUUUGGAAAUUAGUUAAGUUUUUCGUGUGCCAACGGCUGAGAACAUUGAGGAUUAGUUCGAGGCUAGCAGCUGAGCGUGGCAACUUUUGGAUUUGGAUUAUUAAACUUAAAUUAAAAAAAAAAAUAGCGACAUCGUCCCCGCCAAAUCGGAUUAUCCUUCCGGGUCCUGGAAGAGGAUCAAUAGCACAAACCGCACCCACUUUUACAAGAUAAGUGCAUGGCCAACUUGAACCACGCCGUCGAUUGCCGCCGACGCCGUCGCCUGCUGCUACCCUAAGGGAUCAACCCCCCCGGCAGAGGAGACAAAAGCCUAGGGGUCUUUAAACGACGACGUGAAAAUCGAGAAAACGAAACGAAAAAAAGAGCCAAAUUUUCACUCACCAACGAUGAAACGAUUCGUAGCAAUUCUGUUCGUGCUGGGCGAAACCAUCGCUAAUAUUAGCGCGAAUUACGAGCUGAAGGAAGCGGCCGCCUCACCAGCGUACAUUUCCGGCGGUGGACGUGCCCUUGAAGAUGUCCAUCUGUCGCCUCUAAUGGCCAAAAUGACGGCCUCGCUGCAAACCGUGGGCUCGUUGGCGAACGACGACGGUCCGUUGCCGCCGGGUGAGGACACGGCCGUCUCGACCGAGGUCUCCAACACCAGCUUGCUGUGGACCAAGUACAUUUCCCUGUCCGGCUACGACGGCCCGCCGGUGGAGGACGCCUUCCGGGACCGGAUCAACCCCUUCUGGCUGCAGUUCGAGCCCCCGUCGCCGGUGGCCCACUACGCGCUGGGCUUCGUCUACUUCCUGAUGAUGGUGUGGGGCCUGUUUGGCAAUGUGCUGGUCAUCUUUAUGUUUUUCAAGUUCAAGUCUCUGCGGACACCCGCCAACUACUUGGUCAUCAAUCUGGCAGUAGCGGACUUCCUGAUUAUGCUGGAAGCACCCAUAUUCGUGUACAACAGCUACCACCUUGGACCAGCGUUUGGGAAUACCCUCUGCACGAUUUACUCGUUGCUCGGGGCGAUCGGUGGAACCGUGGCAAUCAUGACUCUCACGAUGAUCUCGGUCGAUCGAUACAACGUGGUGGUCUACCCGCUGAACCCGAACCGAUCGACGACCCGGCUGAAGGUCAUGCUCAUGAUCGUGUUCACGUGGAUCUACGCACUGGUCUUUUCGUUGAUGCCCGCGCUCGAGAUCGGCCUUAGUCGGUACACUCCGGAGGGAUUCCUGACGGCGUGCAGCUUCGACUAUCUGGAUCGAGGCUGGGACGCCCGGGUGUUUAUGUUCAUGUACUUCGUAUUCGCUUGGGUGAUCCCGUUCAUAACCAUCAGCUACUGCUACGUGGCGAUUCUGCGGGUUGUCAUCGGAGCCGGCAGCAUCCAGUCGAGCAAGAACAAGAACAAACAAGAGGUCAAACUGGCCGGAGUGGUCAUCGGCAUCAUUGGGCUGUGGUUCAUCGCGUGGACUCCGUACGCCGUGGUGGCCAUGCUCGGAGUGUUCGGAUACGAACAUCUGUUAACUCCGCUGGGAUCGAUGAUUCCGGCGAUCCUCGCCAAGACGGCAUCCUGCAUCGACCCGUAUUUUUACGCAAUGAAUCAUCCCCGUUUCCGCCAGGAACUGCGCAAAAUGUUCGGCAAAGAACAGGAGAUGAACCACUCGCAGUACCAAACGUCCCGCUAUACUCGGAACGCCUCCCGGAACGACUCCGAGGCGGGUCCCAGCGAACGUGUCCAGCUUGGACGCGCUCCAGGUAAGGACGCAGACCCCAUCCCCGCCGUAUCCUCAUCCGUCGCCCAACCCAACUACAGCCAAAACCUCGCCUCGAACCGUAAAGGAGGUCUUCAACGGGCUCAAUCUUCCAUUUCAGCGGCCGACGACACCUCCCUGUCCUGCUCGAUCGAUCUGACUGAAACCCAGCCAAACAACCACUAGGGCAGAUGCCCAGCCCGGCAGUCCAUACAGACCACCUGCUGGAUGUCCGGGGACGAAGAGACUUACGACCUGUAAGUCCCGAAGGGGGAGGGGAGAGAAUUUUUCGUGAAAAAGUGCCUUCUCGUGAUAAUAUUUUAGGAUACUGACUAGUUGUUUACUGCGCAAUGAUGGAAAAAUCAAAACAAACGAAUGUAUGUGUAAAUGUUUUCUCCAAUUACACUAAAGGAUCCAUUUUUACAUUAAGAAUGUUGACGACUCGAGCGUUUCAAGAGGUUUAUAACGUAUAUGUAUAAUAGAUUUAAAAUGUUUAACGAACUGUUCGGAUAAUGACCCCCUACGUCCUAUCGUCCCCGACAAUUCCCACGUCGUUCCAUCUUUCAUUCUGUUUAGGAAAGACAAAAGAACUGAAAUGAUGAGAAUUCCAACAAAACUUGCAUUAGUUCUAUCGGUUAAAGAAAAUUGUCCAUUUUUAUCAUGAUUUUCAUUUGAACCAUAUUUAAUUUCAAACAAUAAUUCAAAAAUCAUACAACGAAACUAAGGUUUAUGUUCCAAGUAAUGAUUUACAUACCGUAAAAAAUCUUUUUAUAUAAUACACCAUUUCUACUUAAUGUCGUGAAUUAUGUUACCUGUUCGAUGCCAGGUGAGCAAUUCUCUGAAAUUUCAGUCAUUCGAUUUUUUUUUUUUUGUAUUUUCUAAUCCAUCUGAAGCUUUUUUGGUGCCUUCGGUAUGCCCAAAGACGCCAUUUUACAUAAUUAGUUUGUCCAUAUAACUUAUGAAUCCAAGUUAUGAUCAAUACUGAUUAUUCUAAAAACCGAAAUACUAGUCGCACAAAUUUUUUUAUCUUCAUUUUUCGAUGCAAAAUCGAAUUUGCAAUCAAAAAUUACUUCAGUGAAAUUUUUAAAAAGUGCACCGUUUUCAAG